AGAACUACAGAAUGUAUUUAUUCAUCUGUUUUCCAAAAUCAAGUGAGAGUGGACUGAACUGAUUUUUAUGAGUUUAGAAAUAUCCCCACCGCAGUGAGUGUUUUCUCCCAUCACACGAUCUCUGCUACGCCCUGACGCAGCUACGUACGACGUCACCCGCCUAGCAGCCAAUCACAUCCCGCGGCUCGAGGAGGGUAACGCAGAGUAGUCGACGGUUCGAAUCCCUCCGCGGUGGCUCGUGUGUUUCCAGCCGAGAUGAACAGCGUCGGGGAGGCGUGCACGGAGCUGAAGCGCGAGUACGACCAGUGCUUCAACCGCUGGUUCGCCGAGAAGUUCCUGAAGGGGGACCGGGGGGGGGACCCGUGCACCGACACCUUCCGGAAGUACCAGCGCUGCGUGCAGGCGGCCAUCAAGGACAAGGACAUCCCGGUGGAGGGGCUGGACUUCAUGGGCCCAAGCAAGGACAAGCCGGAGAGCUGAGGCGGUGGAGGCCGGGACCGGGCCCAGGGACCAGGGACCGGGCACCGGGCACCGGGUCCACGAGGCCCACUGAGCAUGCGCGAAGGCGGUACGUGUGUCUGCAUUGACCUCUGCAGGGCGCUGUAGCCCAGACCACUGCGCUUUUCAUCGAUUAGUCGAUCGCUUGGGAACGAACCAGCAGCUGUAACCAAAGUUGUGUAUUGCCACGUGUCUGUGUUUAUCUCUGGGGUUCAGACAUCAUCAAUCAAUCAGGAUCACAGGCUGAAACCUUCUGGAUUUACUUCUGUCCUUGAAGACCUGGACACUCACCAUCGGGACGGACAUCUGUCUUUUUAUUUAACCUUUUUUUUUUAAUGGGUGAAAAUAUUUUUUCCUGUUGUUUUAAGGGACAAUAAUCCAUCGCUGUUAUUAAUUAAUAUUUUCCUCUGUUUUCUUUGAACCAGGUCGAAGGUCAAUGAACGCCUGUCACUGCUUUGUCUUUACUGAAGUUUGACUUUUGCUGUAAUUUCUGUUUCUUGAGUUUGUGAAUCGCUGGUCUGUCGAGUCCGGAUGUGUCACAUGUGGACACCGGGUGGCCCUUACACAAGUCCACAUGUCAGAUGAUGACAAAGCUGUGAACGUGGUGGAACACUCGUUUGAGCCCGGGGCCAUGACCUGAAUAAACCUGCCCUAAGAAACAAGUAGUCACUGUCUUUAUGAAUCAAGCCUGAAACGUUAAACAGAGACAUUCCCGGAUAUUAAAAAAACACUGUUUAUUAUUCUCCCUGCGGCUGAGGAGGCUCCCAGAGUUCCUGAACGCUGACUUGGUUUUCCACCUGGUGCUCUCAGAUCAAACCAUCAUCACGUCAACCUGUAAAAAACGAUUGCACUUAAUAAGUUUUGGAUGAAGUCUCCGGAAAUUUCAACACAAACAUCUCUGUCUUUGAAUCCGAGGUGAUGACCUGAGAAGCUGCUUCACAGACGUGAUUGAUGGGUUUUGCUUCUGGCAGCUCCUUCGUCUUUUAAUUUGCAUCUUCGAGGAUUAAACAGGCUCCUUUCCAGAAGUCGGCAGAGACUUGACGUGAACUUUCAAUCGGCCUCAGGGUUCAUCAGAAUAAUUUGUUAUUUAUUCCCUCACUUCCCAUCACCGUCUGUCCAAUUAUAAAAUAUUGGAAUACCUGGGCUGUGUGCCUACUUCAACAAAUCUAGAAUCUGAAGAAACAUAAGUUUAUUGUUAAUAUGUUCAUGUGAAUAAAGCAGUCGGACUUC